UUCGAGCGUUCGCCGUUUGGUGGAAAAUGAAAUUUACGUUGCGGUGGGUUUCUGAAUGGGAUUGAUGCUGAUGGAGAAAGUGUGGAAUUGCUAGUGGAGAAACGUGGGUUCUGUGAUUUUUUGCGGCUGGGGCGAGGGGAUUUUUGCGGCGAGUUUGCUCGGGGCUGAAGGGAGCUGCGAGGAUGAGCUGGGUGCAGAGGUUGCCAUCGGCCAGGGUCCUGGCCAGAAGUUUGGGAUCAAGACCUGAUUUCGCAGCGAAUGUGGGGGCCCUAUGCAGAUGCCAGACUGGUGCAUUCUCUGGGGUGCCCUCAGGACAGAUCAAAGAGUUCAGCACGUCUCCUGUGGCUCUCUGUACUGCCACUGUCACCGACGAUCAAGGAGUCAUCACUAGGAAUUGGGAGAAGGUGAAGUUCCAUCUGCACAAGAAGUAUCAACUGAGGCCUCGAGCAUGGCUGCUCUACAGAGAUAGCGUCGAUCGACUUGAUUAUCUAGGAUUUUUCAAAGAGUUUCGAAUGGCCGACACAUUCUUCUCUUGGUUUCUGGUGACAGAGCUCCACGUCUGGAUGCUAAUGGUGAAGCUCAUGAAUCAUGGGUUGGAGGGCUCAGAGUGCAGGAAAGACGUCGUAGAAGCCAUGUGGCAAGAUGCAAACAUGAGGAAAAAGCAACUUGGCAGUGUUAAAGAAUCAGUGGUGAGGGAGCACAUGGAGCAGUUAGGACUGCAAUUCAACGCAGCAGUAAUAGGAUACGACGAGGGUCUCCUGACAAAUGACAAAGUCCUAGCUGGUGCCGUUUGGCGAAGAUUCUUACAAUCAGAGUGUAACGAUCCAGAACUUGUCGAGAAACUAGUGAUUUACAUUCGUAAAACGAUGAUCAUGCUAGAUAAAAUUCCAUUCGCGGACUUGAUAAGAAUAAGAGACAUCAAGUGGUUGGAUUACAAGAAUCUAUUGUAGAUAUUAAAUUAGUUAUUAACUUUCCCCAGACAGAUUGAGUCUCCUUGUAAAUACGGAUUAUUAUUGUAUUUAGAAAUACAGUGGAAAAUAUAAUUGAUAUUUUUCAGUUAA